AUGAUCCCCACGGCUCUUCCACAUCGUUCUUUUCAAGCUCAAGCGCUUUCCCGUUCCUCUCCCUUCACUUCUUCCGUCUCUCACUUCUCCGCCGCUGCACGCGUUCCGCUUUACUGCGUUUCAGCCAGCUCUCGCUUGCACGCGCACACUUUAGCGGCGCGACAGACUCGGUUCUCGACGGAAAUUUGGCAACAUCCUCGUCUCUAUCAGAGCUUGAUAUCAAGCGAUCAUCCGGUGCCUCGUCGCAGGGCGUCGCACGUGCGACCGAUGACUACAGCUAAUGCGACGGAUGCGAAAGCGAGCGCGACAAUUACUAGAGGCGACGGGAGUGAGAAGGAUGUGUGGGUGAUGACGCAAGCAAAGGAGGUGGUGACGGCAGCACUGGAGGCGGGGUGGGGGACGGUGGUGGUGGAAGGCGCGGAGGAAGAAGGGGAGAGCGGGGCGGGAAAGAAGGGGAAGCGCAAGGGCGGGAAGGACGGGGAGGAGAUGACGGAGGGGAGUGCGAGCGCGGCGGAAGAGACGCGCGAAGCUUUUGAGAGUAGAGGCGCGGCGGUGUACGGCGCGGGGGGGGAGAGGGUGGCGGCGUGGGUGCGCGUGGCGAGCGCGGCGGAGCAGGAGGCGAUGUGCGCGCUGGCGGGGCGGGAGGACGUCGUGGUCAUGGACGCCGCGGACUGGAAGGUGAUCCCAGCAGAGAACGCAGUGGCGGCCUUUGCACCCACGCGCACGUCCAUCAUGGGGGUGGCCUCCACCGCUCAAGACGCCCAAGUGCUGCUCGAGUCUCUGGAAGCUGGACUGGAUGGCGUUGUGCUACGCACAUCUGACCCCUCACAAGUCUUCGCUCUCAAGGCAUCGCUCGCGCACAGCAUCUCAGGUGGAGCUAGUAGCGGCGACAGUGACAGCGGUGGCGACAGCAGGCAUGGGGCACCGCGUGUGUGUGGAUCUCUGCUCGCUGCUUCCCCGGGUGCAGGCCUGCUGGUGGGGUCAUUCGCGCGGGGUCUCUUCCUCGUGCAUGCAGAGUGCCUACAAUCCGACUACGUCGCCUCACGACCCUUCCGAGUCAACGCGGGCCCUGUGCAUUCAUACGUUGCCGUGCCGGGCGGCCGCACAGCGUACCUUUCUGAGCUAACGGCCGGCAGCACAGUGCUGGUGGUGGAGCGCACAGGACAAACCUGGCCGGCCACCGUGGGGCGGGUGAAGGUGGAGGCUCGCCCGCUCACUCUCGUGUCAGCCAAGGUGUCAGGCCAUGAAGAGAGCUUCUCCAUAAUCCUUCAGAACGCUGAAACCGUUCGCCUUGUCUCUCCAUUAGACCCCUCCGCACCUGAGGAGGCAGCAGCAGGGUCAGUGUCAGUGAGUGAGUUGAGAGAGGGAGACCACGUGCUGCUGGCAGUGCAGCAAAACGCAGCACGGCACACAGGCAUAGCAGUGCAGGAGUUUGUACGGGAAGCAUAG